AUGGCGUCGCCGAGAGGCGACGACGAUGAUCCUAGCCACCUGGCGAACGAGCAGCAGGCUGCUGACGUGGCACCCGCUGGAGAGCAAUCUUCGAUGGAUGCGGAAACCCCCGAGGCUGUGAAUAAGGAGUCGAGCGCGAAGGGCCGCGCUGAGAAGGGGAAAGGGGGUGGCUCGCGCAAAAAGCGGGAUCCGCGGGGAGCGAUCGGCGGAGAGGAGGCUGGCGGAGGAGCAAGCGGCGGAGCUGCGCAGAUCGGGGGGGAAGUCGAGGAAUUGCCGCGGACAGUGGUGAGGCGAAUCGUUAAAGCCAAAGUGCAGGAGCUGACGCAGCAAGCGGGAGGUUUGGGGGGAGCGGCGGGCGCAGCGGGCGCAGGGGGGGAGGGGUCUGGGCGGAAGAAGGAGGUACAGGUGGCGAAGGAUGCGCUGAUCGCAUUGUCGGAAAGCGCUAGGGUUUUCAUCCACUACCUGACUGCCACAGCGAACGAUGUGUGCCGCAGCAACAAGCGGCAGACAGUGAGCGCUGCCGAUGUGCUGGCUAGCAUUGAAGACAUUCAGUUCCCGGAGUUCCUGCCUGCUCUGCAAUCCACGCUGGAAGGGAUGUUGGAGAGGCGUGAAGCAGCAGCAGCUGCUGCUGCUGUGGGUGUGGGAGGCACAGAAAAGACAGCAGCGGGGACAUCGGCAGCAUCCAAGAAAAGAAAGACUGUAAAGGAAUCAGAAGGGAAUAUGGAAGGUGAAGAGAAGGACAUUGUAACUGAAGAAUCAGGUUAA